AUGGACGGACUGGACGGUCGAGUGUCGGCCGACAUGGUGGGAUCAGGCGAUGCGUGGAGGAGAGGGGACACGCUGCAGCACCACUCCCGGAUCUUUAGCCAGUUUCUCGCCCACGAUGACACAGACGAGAGCCUGGAUGGCCGGUUCUUCGUACCCUCGUACCUUCGAGGUUCCACAUACAUGCGCAAACUCGCAGAGGCGCACAGGACGAAGCAGAACGAGUCGAAGCGGUCUGCUGGGAGUGACCUUGCGGCCGACAUAUCAGCGUUUCCAGACCCCGUUCCGUCUGGAUCCCACAGAGGGCUGUCUCAUCAGAUUAUCGAGAGACAAUCGUCGUCCCAGGACGAAGAUGUCUUGACGUCGCUCCCUUCAAAGUGGAAUAAAUCUGAUAUGUGGUCCAAUAUCGAAAUCCAGCCAGAUGGCCGGACUGUGAAGUAUACCGGGCCCAGGAGUCAUAACGAGCGUGAUCAUGAGGCCAGCGCUGUUCGGGCCGAGAACCACAUGCCCGCUCAGUGUGGUAUAUAUUACUAUGAGGUAGAGAUUGUAUCAAGUAAAAAGGAUGAUACCACCAUCGCUGUCGGCUUCUCGACAAAGAACGCAACCUUGUCCCGAUCGAUCGGCUGGGAGCCUGAGUCCUGGGCAUAUCAUGGGGAUGACGGGAGAUGCUUCACAGCCCACAACUCGGGAAGACACUUUGGUCCGGCUUUUAACCAGGGAGAUGUUAUUGGUUGCGGUGUCAACUUCCGCGAAAACACUGCCUUCUUCACAAGAAACGGCGUCAAGAUUGGAAGCGCUUUUGAUGACCUUCGAGGAAAGCUGUAUCCUGCCAUAAGUCUGAAGAAGCCUGGAGAAACAAUCCGCGCCAACUUUGGCCAGCAUCCUUUCGUGUACAAUAUCAACGACAUGGUGAAGGAACAACGAGAAAAGAUCCAACGGGAUAUCGAGGGGACCACCACGUCUCAUCUGGACCCUGACCUGAACGAAUCAGAGCUUCUUCAAACUCUGGUCUUGCAAUUUCUCCAACACGACGGAUACGUGGAGACGGCCCGUGCUUUUGCGGACGAAAUAACCGUCGAAAAGGAAGCGCUAUCGUUGGAUCCCAAUGCCAAGGUUGCUGGCACCAGCAUCAAGGACGAUGAGGAUGCCAACAAUAGACAGCGUAUCCGGGCGGCAAUACUCGAAGGGGACAUCGAUAGGGCUCUCAAGUAUACAAAGACGUACUACCCCGACGUACUGGACCACGACGGAUAUGUAUACUUUCGCCUGCGAUGCCGGAAGUUUGUGGAGAUGAUAAGGAAAGCUGCUCAGAUGAGGCUGUCGAUGGAUACGCCCAGGAACAAUGGCCAUUUGGGGGCCUUGAUCUCACAGCACAUGGAUGUUGAUGAGAACAUGGAAUUAGACGAGGAGCAUCUCUCGUCGGAGAUUGAGGAGCUCGAGCGGAACAUGCUGAAGUAUGGCCAGACUCUGCAGGCAGAGUAUGCCAAUGACCCACGGAAAGAAGUUAGCCAGGCCCUUGCCGACAUCUUCCCUCUGGCCGCCUACGUGAACCCGCUCAAAGAACCCAUGUUCAGCCAUUUAUUGGAUAGGUCGGGUCGGGUGGCCGUGGCCGAGGAGCUCAACUCGGCUAUCCUAAUGUCUCUGGGCAAGUCAUCACGCGCCGCUCUCGAGAAGGUUUAUGCCCAAACCACGGUCCUCUUGGAGGAUCUGCGGCAAGAGGGUGGAGUUGGAGCUUUCGUCUCUGUCCAGGAUAUUGUUGACGAUAUCUCUAAACAUCAUCAAUUCUAA